AUGGAUUUUGAAGCUAAUGAGGAUUUGAACGGUGUUCGCUUCUCUUGGAACGUGUUCCCAUCAUCUAAGACCGAUGCCAAUAAAAAUGUCGUUCCUGUUGGUUGUUUGUAUACACCAUUGAAGGAAAUUGAGGAUCUACAAAUUGCCUCCUACAAUCCAGUAGUAUGUGCAGGUCCUCAAUGUAAAGCUAUCCUGAAUCCUUACUGUGCCAUUGACCCAAGAAGCAGCUCGUGGACAUGUCCAAUUUGUAACUCUAGAAAUCAUUUGCCUCCUCAAUACGCAAACAUGACCCAAGAGAACAUGCCAAUCGAGUUGCAACAAACCACUGUUGAGUACAUCACAAACAAGCCAGUUCAGAUUCCUCCUAUAUUCUUUUUUGUUGUGGAUAUCACAGCAGAACAGGAAAACUUGGACGCUUUGAAAGAAUCUAUCAUAACCUCAUUAUCGUUGCUACCCCCAAAUGCAUUGAUUGGUUUCAUGACUUAUGGUAACGUUGUUCAAUUAUAUGAUCUAUCCUGUGAUAUUAUCGAGAGGUGUAGUGUGUUUAGAGGUGAUAGAGAGUAUCAAUUUGACCAAUUGGUGGAAAUGCUAACUGGUCAAAAGCCAAGCAAUACUAUGGCGCCUUUAGCAAAUGGAAAAAUCACCCCAUUGUCUUUGAAUAGAUUCUUCUUGCCAUUAGAACAAGUAGAAUUCAAACUUAACCAAUUGCUAGAGAGUAUGUCCCCAGAUCAAUGGUCUGUACCAGCUGGACACAGACCACUGAGAGCCACAGGUUCGGCAUUAAAUAUUGCCACAUUGCUACUACAAGGCUGUUACAAAAAUGUUGCAUCUAGGAUUAUACUGUUUGCAUCGGGUCCUGGUACAGUAGCCCCAGGCUUGAUAGUCAAUACCGAAUUAAAAGAUCCUAUAAGAUCCCAUCAUGAUAUUGAUUCAGAUCGUGCUCCUCAUUACAAAAAGGCUUGUAAAUUUUAUAACUCAAUUGCAGAAAGGGUGGCAGAAAAUGGUCAUACUGUUGAUGUCUUUGCUGGUUGUUACGACCAAGUUGGUAUGUCUGAGAUGAAGAAGAUGACAGAUUCUACAGGGGGUGUCUUACUUUUGACUGAUGCAUUUUCUACUGCCAUUUUCAAGCAAUCUUAUUUGCGUCUGUUCUCUAAGGAUGAAGAAGGUUAUCUAACUAUGGUUUUCAAUGGUAAUCUGGCUGUUAAAACAAGUAAGGAUCUAAAAUUGCAAGGUUUGAUUGGUCAUGCUUCGGCUGUCAAGAAAACAGAUGCUACUAAUGUCAGUGACUCUGAAAUUGGUAUUGGAUCUACAUCUGUAUGGAAGAUGUCUGCAUUAUCGCCACAUCAUACCUACGGUAUAUUUUUUGAAAUCGCCAAUCCUAACGCUGUAUCUCCAAUUACUACUGAUAGAGCAAAUUUGGCAUACACUCAAUUUAUCACUCAAUACCAACAUGCAUCAGGAACCAAUCGUGUUAGAGUUACUACUGUAGCAAAUCAGAUGCUACCUUUCGGUACACCUGCUAUUGCUGCAUCUUUCGAUCAGGAAGCUGCUGCUGUACUGAUGGCUAGGAUUGCUGUUUUCAAAGCAGAAACUGAUGAUGGUGCUGAUGUUAUUAGAUGGUUAGACAGAACUUUAAUCAAGCUAUGUCAAAAGUAUGCCGAUUACAAUAAAGAUGAUCCGGCUUCUUUCAGAUUGGCUCCAAACUUCUCGCUUUACCCACAAUUUACUUAUUAUUUGAGAAGGUCGCAGUUCUUGAGUGUUUUCAAUAAUUCACCUGACGAAACGGCCUUCUAUAGACAUAUCUUUACUAGAGAAGAUACUACCAACUCACUAAUUAUGAUACAGCCUACAUUGACUUCGUUCUCUAUGGAAGAAGAUCCACAACCGGUUUUGUUGGAUUCUAUUUCAGUUAAACCAAAUACAAUUUUAUUGCUGGACACAUUCUUCUUCAUUUUAAUUUAUCAUGGUGAGCAAAUAGCUCAAUGGAGGAAAGCAGGGUAUCAAGAUGAUCCUCAGUACGCAGAUUUUAAGGCUUUACUAGAAGAGCCAAAGGUGGAAGCUGCUGAAUUAUUGGUUGAUAGAUUCCCAUUACCUAGGUUUAUCGAUACAGAGGCUGGUGGGUCACAAGCCAGAUUCUUACUGUCAAAAUUGAAUCCUUCUGAUAACUAUCAAGAUAUGGCUCGUGGAGGUUCAACGAUUGUUCUGACAGAUGAUGUGUCUCUACAAAACUUCAUGGCGCAUUUGCAGCAAGUUACAGUAUCAGGUCAACCAUAA